CCUCCUUCAUUCUGUCGGAAACCCAUCUUUUCUUUUCUUCUAAGACGAUAAUUGUGCUAGCGAUUCUGCCAUGCGCCACCGAACUAUGCUAUACGGCUACAUUCCCGAAGAGCAAUUCUUGCUCGACGUAGCGAAAGAGCUGAAUUUCGGAGAUUUCUCUGAUGCUCCUGAGGACAACUGGUCUCGAGCGGAAGCCAUGAAAGACGCGUUGAAACAUGUCAUUCGCCAAGCCAAGCUGGGUGUAUCCGGUAGAUUCGGCUACGUAAAAUACGAACACAGGGAUCGCAUGAUUAUCGCUCUGGCUACUACUAAGGAACACGUCAGGUGGCCGCGUCCUACUGUGGGUGGUGUCAAAAGGUUGCAAGAAAUCCUGGGGGUAAUGGAGAGACCGCAGUGCCCCUCCCAAUCCUUCACACCUUCCAAGAACUUUGCAUUUGCGUAUUGUGCUAGCAAUUCUGCCAUGGUCCACUUGCUGUACGGAUAUAUCCCAGAUGAGCAAUGGUUGCUCGACAUCGCAAGAGAGCAUGAUCUGGGAAAAUUCUCUGGCGAUCGCGAGGAUGCUUGGCAUCGUGCAGAAGCGAAGAAGAACGCGUUGCACUAUGUCAUUCACCAAGCCAGGAUGGGUCUAUACGCCAAAUUCCGCUUUGUGAGAUACAAACACGAAGAUCGCAUGAUCAUUGCUCUAGCCACCACUGAGGAACACGCUAGGUGGUUGCGACCUACUGUGGAUGGCGUUAAACGGUUGCAAGAGAUUUUAGGAGUAACGGAGAGACCCAAGUGGUACAAGAUGUGCUCUGAUUGAUCUCUCCGACACGCCAUUAUAGUCCAAUCCCUCGUUUUAACGGUGCCUGUUGAUUCCAUCAAGACGAAGAAAAUUAUCAUAAGUUCCUCCUACAUAGUACAUUGCCAAGUUGCGAUUUGGAAAGACAAUGAAUUACGGUGUUCGUA